CGCCGCCAUAUCCUUCUACGGACCCCUCCAGCCGGGUAACCUUCAUUGCUUCUCCCUUGGCAGCAGCAGCAACGGCAUCAUCUCCAUGGACACCGACGGGAACACUCUCCUCUACGACGGCGCCUCCCGCGGCCUCCGCGUGAUGCCCGCGCCUCACGCACCCAAGGAGGCUUCGGUCUCCCUCGCCGUCGGGGACGGCCUCUACAUCCUCGAGGAGAACCCCGGGACGGAGGAAGACCGUCCCUUCGAGGCCCUCAUCCACCGGGGCCCGAGCGACAUCGCCAGCUCCGACGAGAAGUGGUUCUGGCGCUCCCUCCCGCCGCCUCCUUACUGCUACGAUGACUACGAGUGCCAGAAGGUGGGGAGUUACGAGAGGGACACCUAUGCCAUCGGUGCCUACACGGUGGUCGGAGACUCCCAGAUAUGGAUCUCCACCAAAGGGGGCGGCACCUUCUCCUUCGACACGGCAAGCGGCCUGUGGAGGGAGGCCGGCGACUGGGCGCUGCCGUUCUGCGGCCGCGUCGAGUACGCCCCCGAGCUCGGCCUCUGGUUCGGCUUCACGUCCGAGGAGGGCAAGCAGUUGGCUGCCUGCGACCUUGGCACGACGGGGCCACCGGUGCUGCAGAAAGCGUGGGACGAGGUGGAGCUCGCGCCGCCGAUGCCGCCGCGGUGGGUCCCGCUGAUGCCGUUCCUACUGCCUCUCGGCGGUGGCAAGUUUUGCGUCGCCAGGAUGUUCGACCUGGCACACGAAGGCUGGUGCUCACCGGCGUGGAGGUUGUGCGCGGCAGCAGAGGGACGCUCAGGUUGAUCAGGCACAAAUCAAGGCGUUACAGCUUCGCCGGCUGCGCGAUGGCUCGACUGCUGUGACUGUGAGCGUUUGAUCCCGAAUUCCCCACUUUGUAACGCCUGCUGUAUGGUCCAACUAAUAAGGUUGCAGGUCAAAUCAGUGAACAUACUAGGUCAAAUCAGUGAACAUACUUGCUUGAUUAUUAUAUCUCAGAUUUCUUGUGUUGACAGUCACCAUUUCUUGUGCUACUGCAAAGUGCAAACCGGACUGCA